AUGGCUGAUAUUGCGAAAGGCCUGCGAUCCCAGCCCGAUCGUUGCCAGAUGAGCCUUCAGAUUAGCGAGAGCAUAGGCGACCGCACAGCCAUGGACGUGCUGCUCGGUCUCGACGCAGAAUGCGAAAAACGUGACAGUGAGGACCAGGUUAUCCGAGAUGUUAGGAUAGGACCGUUCAGCGUUUUUGACUCUCGAAGACCAAUUACCCCCAACUCCACCACCACAAGGUCCACUGUGCACUCCUCUCUCACCUAUAGUGUCGUAACCCGUGCUGAGACUGCUGAGACUGCUGAGGCUGCUGAGACUUUGGCCUCUUUUCCCUGCUCUUCCCUUAGUGAUGGGGCUAGAGAAUCCAUUGAAGAGAUUCCCAGAGAUCCUUGUGAGAGCCAGGCCGUCGGUAUGAGUCUGGAUGCGCUCGUUGGCGAUCUUCAGUCCGGGUUGUGUGACGACGACGACGACUACUACCAAGGUGGACAUAAUGGUAUCAAUUUCGGGGCUUUCGACCUCCCUUUCCUAGAUUUUGCCUUCCCGAACGACCAACCCAUACAAGGAGAGCAGCUCCAGGCAUACCCCACCACCUUGGGUAGCCAAGGGAGCUUACGGCAAGAAGUCGCAGACAGUAGGGGGCUCUCUCUCACCUCCAUUCAGCCAUCACUAUCUCCGCAGCGUUGUGGAAAUCUUAGUGGAGGAACAUCGAGUAUUCCAGAACAUGCCGAACCCCUUCUUCGCUUCUACAGAGAGCGCAUCACCGAUCCUACUUCUCCCAUGCAAGCGAGACGCAAGUCUCCCUGGCAGAUUCUGUUCCUGCCGCGGGCUCUAGAAACGUUCGCCGAGAUUUCCCUUUGGAACGAAGCAUCGCAUACCCGGUCCACCAUCCUCUACGCGCUGUUGGCGAAUAGUGCCUAUCAGCUUCAUCACAUCCAGAGGCCAGAUUAUUCAGGCCCCGGUUGGUUGGAUAUCGCAGCGAGACACCAAAGGGCUUCGAAGCAGCAUCUUCAAAUGGCACUCAAGGCGGAGACCAGCGGACCAAGACAGGCAGAGUAUAAAGAUCUUUUAAUGGCUAUUCUCUCAGUAGCUAUGGUAUCUCUAUAUAACGGAGCAGGUGGAUUCAAGUAUUUCCUCGUCGAUGCCGAGCACAUAAUACGCCUCCGCGGAUUAUCAAUGCGAAAAAAGUCGUUCAAGGUCCGCAUCCUGCAUCACAUGUACACCUAUCUCCGCAUCGUGGCCGAGAGCAUCGCCGUAUCCGGCGAAGGAGCCGGCGGCGACGCGAGUAGGCAAGAACAUCAGAACUCAUUGGCAACAACUGUGCCUCUUCGGAGAUUCAGCAUUACGGAGGAUACUCUAAACACCGGAUUAGACCCGGCCUUUGAGAAGAGCGCCGAAGUCGGCUACAACGAUAUCCACCUAGAGAUCCAAGGUCGCUGGAACAAGACUCUGUACCCGGACCUUUACUGCAUUCCGGAAUCACUGAUCACCCUUUUGUCUCAGGUCAUAUCCUUUGCCAACGAAAAAUCUAGACUCGAGUCCAUCGCUCGCACUAACGCCUCUGUAUCAGACGCACUUGCGCGCCACAUCAAAGCGCUAGAAGACAGUGUAUGGUCGUGGACGCUACCCGACGGGCCCGUGGGCCCGAAGCGACCACCCACUCAUACACGGCUCCUGACCCACGGUGAUGAUGCCUUCGAAUCCGGCGGCGGCGACGGUUGCGUGUUGGACGAACCCAAUGCCAGGUCCAUGUCCCUAGCGCUUCAUCGGGCCAUCAUCAUCUACCUGUAUCGUCGAGUGUAUAGCAUGAAUGCAAUGAUACUUCAAGAUCAUGUCAAGAAGACGCUCGACUACCUACAACCUUGUAUAGAAGAGAGCAUUGACGAUCAUGACUUCGCCAUGAGUAUAACCUGGCCCGCCUUCAUCGCAUCAUGCGAGGCGGUGUCUCCAGAGCUUCAGGAACAGGCACUGAAAACGCUUCUUGCUAUUGAUAAAAAGGGUAGUACCUCUUUUACCUCGAAGCCCGUUAGUCAAAUUGUACCCUUGGUGUGGGAGCGACGGGCAAGCUCGAGGGACGUUACCGAGUAG